CAGAAUGCUCGCCCCGCCGCUGAACCUGCCCAAAUGGCUGGCGGAGAACGGCCACCUGCUGAAGCCGCCGGUGAACAACUAUUGCAUCUACGCGGGCAAGGACCAUAUAGUGAUGGCGGUGGGCGGCCCGAACGAGCGGAAUGAUUAUCAUGUUAACGAGACCGAGGAAUGGUUCUACCAGUACAAAGGCGGGAUGCUCCUGCGCGUGGUGGACGGGGACGAGUUCAAGGACAUACGGAUCGGGGAGGGGGAGAUGUUCUUGCUGCCCGCGAACACGCCGCACAACCCGGUGCGCUUCGCGGACACGGUGGGCAUCGUGGUCGAGCGCGUGCGGCCCGCGGACGCCGUCGACCGCCUGCGGUGGUACUGCCGGGCGGGGCAGCACCGCACGCCGACGAUCAUCCGCGAGGAGGCGCUGCACGUCACGGACCUGGGGACGCAGCUGAAGCCGCUGAUCCAGCGCUGGCAGGCCGACGCCGAGUACAGGCGCUGUGCGCAGUGCGGGGCCGUCGCCGAGCCCAAGUAAUUUGUGUAUGUUUAUUUUAUGUAUCGCUACGCUAUGGAUUGGGCGAUAAGCGUAGCUGUGGCUGUUCAUUACAUCGUGUCUGCCGGCGCCCGAUGCAGCUCGGGUCCGAC